AACUUGAAUUAUGACCCCAGUUAGAAAGUUAUUGUAAUAGGCCAGGCUUAAAACUAUAAGAACCUUGAAAUAAUAUAAUCCUGGGCAGUUGGAGACAAAGGAUAUAACAUAUGGGAGAGAUGCUGUGAACUAUAAAAGUGAUUUAGCAAUUUACUGGAGAUGUUGGGUGAGAGUGGAAUCAAGGAGUACACCUAAGUUUGGAGUCUAGGUUAGUGAGAAGAUGGAUGAACCUUUGACAUUCUCAUACUUCUGAGAUGGGUAUGAGGGUUCAGAGAGGUUUCCAAGGCCAUCCUCUGGGCCAGCUAACUAUAUAUCCUUUCGUUGGUUAGGCAGGCAUCUGUUUGCCAUUAGUUCCUGACCAGGGCCAGCAGCAAGAUGAACUGCAUACGGAGGACCAUACUAGCCUGGGAUCACUCUAUGGGACACCACUUCCUUUCCAGAGUUGCUUCAAGGCACAGCCCUUGGCAGCCUGAAGGAAACUGCCUUUUACAGGGCCUCUCCCAGCCCCAAAGGGGCUUCCACAACAGUGCAAGGAGACUAACCUCAGAUUCUGACCCAGUCCCUAUGGUGAGGCCCCCUGCAGUGUCUACAAAGGCCUUGGAGCCAUAUGAGGACUUCUUUGAGCAAGCUACUGGCGGACAGCGAGAUAAAACGGGGUUUUCAAGAGCAGUCAAGGCCUUUGCCCAACGGGAUGUACGAAAGCGGGGUCAUGUUGACUUCAUCUACUUGGCUCUGCGAAAGAUGCCAGAGUACGGGGUGGAGCGUGACCUGGCUAUCUAUAACAUCCUGCUGGACAUCUUCCCCAAGGAGGUCUUUGUGCCUCAAAAUGUACUGCAGCAAAUCUUCAACCAUUACCCCCGCCAGCAGGAGUGUGGAGUAAAAGUGUUAGAUCAGAUGGAAAACUAUGGGGUCAUGCCAAACAAAGAAACCGAGUUUCUGCUGCUACAAAUUUUUGGACGAAAAAGUCACCCUAUGCUCAAAUAUCUUCGCCUGACAUACUGGUUCCUCCGAUUCAAGAACAUCAAUCCCUUCCCGGUACCAAAACCACUUCCCAAAGACCCUGUUGACCUGGCCCGGCAUAGUUUGGAGCGUAUUGCAGCAGACUUGAGUGCCAAAGUCACUGUAUACCAGAUGCCUGGGCCAGAAGAUCUUGGAGCUGAUCCAUCACAGCCUCACAUUGUGGGGAUCCAGAGUCCUGACCAGCAGGCUGCCUUGGCUCAGCACAACCCUACUAGGCCUAUUUUUGUUGAAGGACCCUUCCCAUUGUGGCUUCAAGACCAGUGUCUUUACUACCAUGUGCUUCGGGCUGACCUGCUGCCUCCUGAGGAGAGACAGGAAAACAAGGAGAUCGAGCCAGAGAGUAACUUCUAUUAUCCCACGCAGCUGGACUUGGAUUUGGAUCGAGGACCCUGGGACGACUAUGAGUUUGAUGUGGAUGAAGUGGAGGAAGGCCCGGUAUUUGCCAUGUGUAUGGCUGGAGCCCACGAUCAGGCCACACUUGCCAAGUGGAUCCAGGGCUUGCAGAUCACCAACCCAGGCCUGGCACGAAUCCCAGUGGUCUUCCGUCUGGGAGCGGUGGGAGGAGAACUCCAGCUUGCCGGGCAUCAGGAGCGCCAAGACCAGCACAGCCAGGAGCAAGGGGAGCAGCAGUCUCCCAAGGAGGAGGAGGAGCCCUCCCCAGCCCCCGCGGGGCAGCGAGGUCAGAGCGGAGCCUUUGCCUGAAGGUCUGAGACUGGUUACCAGCUCCUUGUUCACCGCAGUGUAGUCCUGGCUUACUGGGCAAGCUGGGACUGGGCUGGGAGCUUCGGACCGUGGGGGAGAAUAGAGCUCUGGGGGAAAUGACCUCUGCUUGCCAGUUUGCCUUUGAGUAGCCAGCAAAUAAAGUGUCGUCCUUGGGGACUCUGCGGGCUCUGA